AUGAGCUCAAUCACUGCCACACACACUGGUCGACUGCCCGAGAUACCGAUCUAUGUGGACCAGGGUUCCCCAGAUCUCCUGACCGAAGGCCAAAGGGUUGGUGAAGGGCAGAACGCCACCGAGACUCAGACAGACCAACAUCCUUUAGGUGUCCGACCCGCUGGGAAUGCUCUCACCUCGCAGGAAAAUGCGCAGGAUUCUAUGGGACUUUUCGCCAAUUUGCCAGACGCGCUGUUGCUGACACUGUUGGAAUUCCUCGAGCAGCCGAGCCUGGCCAGCUUGGGAAGCACCUGUCGAGGUCUGUACGCCUAUUGUUCGUUCGAUCAAUUAUGGAGGGAUAUUGCGGUCAAUCACAUGACCAAAGACUUCUCAUGGCGUGGGAGUUGGCGCGCUUCCAUGAGACGAUUACCCUCCGCUAGCCCCGCGACAGUGGAUUGCAGGUAUCUCUUCUCUGAUGCCCUGCAUCGGCCCUUCCUAUGUUCUCAGGUCUCCCUCUCACCGUAUGUCUCCAACAUCCCUGUGCAGAAUGAAAUUCCGCGCUUGGAAGACUUGUCACCUACCGAGUUCGACGAAGCCUGGGUCGACAGACCGUUCAUCCUGACAAAUCCUGUGAAAAGAUGGGAAGUCUUCAACAAAUGGAGUGUCAAAGAUCUCUUGAGCAGCUAUGGAGACGUUUUAUUCCGCGCUGAAUCGGUCGAUUGGCCGCUCACGACGUACAUUGAGUACAUGAACAACACAAACGAUGAGAGCCCGCUGUAUCUUUUCGACAGCGGUUUUGUGGAAAAGAUGCAUCUGGAAGUCGGUAAGCUCGGCGCAUACGAGCCACCACAAGCAUUCCAAGAGGACAUGUUUGCGCUUUUGGGCGAUCAGAGACCAGAUCAUAGGUGGUUGAUCAUUGGUCCAGAACGGAGUGGAAGUACAUUCCACAAGGAUCCGAACGCAACAAGUGCUUGGAACGCCGUCAUUCGAGGAUCGAAAUAUUGGAUCAUGUUUCCUGCUUCUAUCAUACCACCUGGCGUUUACAUGAGUGAGGACCAGAGUGAAGUGACGUCCCCCUUGAGCAUUGCGGAGUGGCUGAUAUCCUUUCAUGCCGAAGCAAGGCGGACCCCUGGUUGUCUAGAAGGCAUCUGUCAUGAGGGCGAGGUCUUGCACGUGCCCUCUGGCUGGUGGCAUCUGGUCGUAAAUCUCGACCCUGCGAUCGCAAUAACCCAAAACUUUGUGCCCAGAUCACAUAUUGGAGCGACGUACAGAUUUCUCAAACACAAGGCCGACCAGGUCUCCGGCUUCAGGGACAGUGUCAAAGAUCCUUGUGCGCUGUUUACGGAACGGCUACAGCAGGUGGAUCCAGAUCUAGCGGCGUCCCUUGAUGACUGUAACAACAAGAAGAGGAAAUGGGAGGAGGUGGUCUCUAAUCGAGAGACUGGUGGAAACCAGCAAGGUUUCAGCUUCGGGUUUGACAGUGAUAUUGAUGUUGAAGUCUGA